AUGCCACGAACAGGCCUGCCUCAAGCGUGCCGAUCGAUCCUGAGGCCAGUAUCCAUGGGUUGCAGGCACCUCUCUUCACCAUCAGGUGUACGACCCAAGCAGCGAGCUUUGGAUAUCGACACAUUCUUGUCUGUGCUUGAGGUCUCUGCUACCAAACGUGACGCAAAAGGCUAUCUUCAGAAAUAUACCCCCAGAAAGUCAAUGUCCAGGACAGUCGAGGCUCCCUCGAUUCAAGAAAGCACAACUGCUUCCAAGAGCCCGGUGCAUGUGGCCAUCGUCAAAUUACGGUGCCCUCAACAUCUGGACCAAGACACCGUGAUGGGCAUCGCCAAGACCUUGGUCCAGCUCAGAGUGCUGGGGCUCCUCAGCGUCGUGAUAUUGGAUUGUGGCCUUAAUGAGUCGCGCCAGUUGUUUGAAGAUCAGUCUUUAAGGCUGUGCGAGGCUCUAGACUUCUUCUCCAAACCUGGAUGUAGACUCCUUCGAGACGUUGUCGUGGGUUAUGAACCCUCUUCUUUGUCGCCGCUGUCUGUCGUUGACGACCAGAUGCUCAUCGACGACACGGACCGGCUGAAGAACUCCAUACAACAGGGCAUUAUUCCAGUGAUACCAUCGCUCGUCUCUACCGAAGGGCUUUCUGUUCCUCAACCCGCCAACGCAGACCGGCUUGUCUUGAAUUUGGCAAAGUAUCUGGUCGGGCUGCAGUUCAAGGCUACUGGCAGUGAAAAUGCCGUGGUCGAAGGUGACGGCGUUGAGAGGUCUGAAAAGUUUGCUUCGGUUGAGAGAAUCAUUCUUCUAGAUCCUCUUGGGGGGACACCAGUACCUGGACACCCUGGGGCAUCCCACCGGUUCGUUAAUCUUCAACAGGAAUACGAUACGCUCAUGGCACAUCUUAUGGGCCCAGAGGGUUCUCCGCUAGUGCAGAAGGAAGAGGGUGGGGUUUGGGCGACAAUUCAUGCGUCAAACCUCAACCUCGCCAAAGAGGUCUUGUCGAUACUUCCCUCUUCGUCUUCUGUUCUCCUCACCACCCCAUUUGCUGCAGUGAGCUCAAAUUCAGCUUCAGCUUCGACUCAAAACUCUUGGACACCUCAAUUUGGAAUUGAUGGCAUGGUCAAAACCAGGCAAAAACGAAAUCCCUUACUUCACAACCUGUUGACGGACAGGCCUGUGUAUUCAUCGUCUCUUCCGUUUCAGAGAAUACAAGGCAGUGACUACGACGGGAGGGCAACAGGUCCUUCAUCAGCUGCCACUCUCAUUAAGCGUGGCAUGCCCUUGACCAUCUAUCCUGAUAUCCGAACCAAAGCCUGGUCGCCGCCGCUUCCUGGAGGACCACGCCUGCGUCUCACGGAUAGAUGCAUCGACCUUCCACGGCUGUGCCAUCUUAUCGAAGACUCCUUCAGCCGCAAGCUUGACAUGGAGGAUUAUUUAGAAAGAGUCAAUGAAAACCUGGCUGGAAUUAUUGUCGCUGGAGAAUAUGAGGGAGGUGCCAUUCUGACCUGGGAAUGCCCGGACGGUCUUGAUCGGGAGACGGCAUAUAAGCAAGGUCGCCUUGUACCUUAUCUCGACAAGUUUGCCGUCUUGAAAAGCCGGCAAGGGGCUGGUGGCGUUGCAGACAUUGUCUUCACAGCCAUGGUCAACGAUUGUUUCCCCGAGGGGGUUUGUUGGAGAAGCCGCAAAGACAAUCCCGUCAACAAGUGGUACUUCGAACGGUCCCUCGGAACAACCAAGUUGGAGGACAGUAAAUGGACAAUGUUUUGGACUACACCUGGGCUAGAUACACGCGGCCAGACCCUGCGCGACUACGAGUCCGUUUGCCGCACGAUCAAGCCUUCCUGGUCAGACAAUAAAUAA